UAAACAAUUUUUUCUCUCGUUCUUUUUUAAAAUGAUUGAAAGUCUCUUUCAUCUUUUUUACGAAUUUUUAAUCCGUCUACUUCUAUUUUAUUGGUAAUUACUAUUUGAAAUCUUCGAUUAUUAAUCACGACCAAUGGACCAAAUUUUCACUUCUGAAAUAGAACCAAAACUUGAGGUUCAAGUGUCUCAACGGGAUCAACUUGGAACUGGUGAUAUACAGCGACUGAAUCAAUCGAUGCAACAAGUUAAGAAACAAUUGAAAUUGAUUUUGAACUUUCCAUCGUCGAAAGGGAAUCGCAAAAGAGUUAAUUCAAUCAUGAAAUGUUAUCGAAAGACGAUGGUCACUGUUUUGAAAAAAGGAUCAAAAUUUGCUCGGAAAAGGAAACAAACAGUAAAAUCCUCAUCUAACAGGCAAACAUCGACACAGAAAAUUACGCAGCAAGAAAAGGUGACCCUUUCAAGUGUCGCAUCUUCCGGAGCUUCUCAGCUUCGGGUCACAAGCAUCGGGGAUUCAGGAGAUUCUGUAACCAGAAGACAGAUACUUGUAGCAUCAGGUGUGCAGCCUCGAGUAAUCGUGGCCAUGAGUGGUCAACAACAACCACAACAACAAGGACAGCAAAUGCAGAUUAAACAACAAAUUCAAGGGGUACAAAUAAACCAAUCUGGGUCCGGUGGGGUAGGUACCCAGUCGCAAUCUCAACAAAUGAACUCAGUGAUGGGACAGUUGAUAACAAUGUUAAAAUCUCCAUCAUCUCAGCAAAAUCAGAGAACAGUCAUUUCAAUUCUUCAAUCUAAUCCAAAAUUAAUGGCCGCCUUUUUGAAACAAAGGCAGGCUUCAUCUCAAUCAUCACAAAAUCAGGCACAGAAUCAACUUUUCCAACAAAUUAACUCUCAACAGCCUCAACAGAUUCCAUCUCAACCACCAUCACAGCAGCAACAACAACAAAGAACGAUGCUGGCGCAGCAACAAAAGCCUCAACAGAUUCCACCUCAACUGUACUCACAGCAACCAAUUCAAGGGGCACAAAUAAACCAAUCUGGGUCCGGUGGGGUAGGUACCCAGUCGCAAUCUCAACAAAUGAAUUCAGUGAUGGGACAGUUGAUAGCAAUGUUAAAAUCUCCAACAUCUCAGCAAAAUCAGAAAACAGUCAUUUCAAUUCUUCAAUCUAAUCCAAAAUUAAUGGCCGCCUUUUUGAAAAAAAGGCAGGCUUCAUCUCAAUCAUCACAAAAUCAGGCACAGAAUCAACUUUUCCAACAAAUUAACCCUCAACAGCCUCAACAAACUCCACCUCAACCACCAUCAAACCAGCAACAACAACAACAAACUCCAUCACAAGUUACACAACAGCAACAACAACCUCAACAAAUUGCAUUUCAACCGUACUCACAGCGCCCAAUUCAAGGGGCACAAAUAAACCAAUCUGGGUCCGGUGGGGUAGGUACCCAGUCGCAAUCUCAACAAAUGAAUUCAGUGAUGGGACAGUUGAUAGCAAUGUUAAAAUCUCCAACAUCUCAGCAAAAUCAGAAAACAGUCAUUUCAAUUCUUCAAUCUAAUCCAAAAUUAAUGGCCGCCUUUUUGAAACAAAGGCAGGCUUCAUCUCAAUCAUCUCAAAAUCAGGCACAGAAUCAACUUUUCCAGUAACGAAUAAAAUUUUGUUCGUUGAUGUGAAAUGUUCUCAGCAGAACCAUUAAGACUCAACAAAUACAAAUGUCUCGAAAUUCAAUUGUCAUCGAGAAAGUUUGGAUGGAUGCGAAUAACGUCCAAAUCGCCCGAAGAUCGAGAUGUUCUCAUUUUAGUCUUUUGUGGUUCCUUCUAUUCGAUAUAAAAUCAUGUUUCAAAGUUCCAAUCUUGAUUCCAUUCUCACCGCUCUUAACAUGGAGAUGCUCUUGCAACGUACACCUGAUAAUGCAAAAUCUUACAUAAACUCAGGAGUUAAAUUCAAUCAAUCGAUAAAUCAGAGAGUUGGUGAAUGUAAUUUCACCGUUAUUUACGCAAAUUAGCUCUCUUUCGUUUUUCAUAAAGUUCGAAGAGAAGAAUAUUUAAUAAGGUUAAAUAUGCGAAUCUUAUUUGAAGUAAAAACUCUGAAUUUGUAUCGAUGACUCAGUAAUUAAAUCCAAUAUUCACUUCAUGUCUGAUCAGCUGAUUGUUUUAUUAUUCA